CGGGGGGUAGUGGCAGCAGCAGGCUGCUGGCGGCUUCCUCUUCCUCUCCUCUUUCCCAAUCCCCUCCUAUCUCCUCCCCCUUCACCUCGUCCUAUCAUCACCACCCCUCUCUCAUGGAGCCCCCCAGGACUCGGUCCCGGUCCAGGUCUGGAUUUCUCAACCACAACAUGACCAGUAGUUAUUAUAACAAUAUUACUAAUAGCGGCGGCCACUUCAACCAGCACAGCCCUGGCUGUGAUACAACUGGUGUCCACCCCACCGAGAAUCAACGAACAGCGGGGAGCAACCCGACCUUCAGUAAUCUGAGAGCUGCACCCACAGGAGCCACCAGAGCACCUUCAGCAGGAGGUGUUGGGGCUACUUUUCAUUGUCAGUCAGUACAUCAGGAGCACACCUGCAAUGAAGACAGCGACAAGAGUGAAGACAGCCCGAGCCCCAAGCGCCAGCGGCUUUCUCAUUCAGUCUUCGAUUUCACCUCUGCCUCCCCUGCCCCAUCUCCACCAAUGAGACCAUGGGAGAUGCCAUCAAAUCGUCGGCCCCCUUCAGCUAGACCCAACCAACACCAUUUCCCAGGGGAAAGAUGCAACACACCGGCUCGGAACAGGAGGAGCCCUCCUGUUAGGCGUCAGCGGGGGAGGAGGGAUCGGAUGCCACGACACAACUCAAUCAGCCAGGACGAGAACUACCACCACCUCAUGUAUGGACAGCAGCAGAGUAUGGAGGAGCCUCGCGCCUUCCACCCCCCCAGUGUCUCCCCGCGCCUGCUGCACCCUGCUGCCCACCCCCCGCAGCCGAACACAGUCAUGGUGGACAUCCACGAGCAGAUUCAUCAGGGCACAGUUCCAGUCUCUUACACGGUCACCACAGUAGCUCCACAUGGGAUUCCACUUUGCACAGGCCAGCACAUCCCAGCAUGCAAUACACAGCAGGUGCCAGGAUGUUCAGUGGUAUUCAGUGGACAGCACUACCCUGUGUGCAGUGUGCCUCCUCCAAUGCUACAGGCGUGCUCAGUCCAGCACUUGCCAGUCCCUUAUGCAUUCCCUCCCCUCCUCUCAAGCGAUCCCUUUCUAAUACACCCGCCCCACCUCUCUCAUCACCCUCCACACUUGCCUCCUGCAGGUCAGUUUGUACCUUUCCAGGCUCAGCAGUCACGAUCGCCAUUACAGAGGAUAGAGAAUGAAGUAGAGCUGCUGGGAGAUCACCUUUCUGUGGGCGGGGGUUUCACCUACCCGCCUUCAGUGCACCCCACCACCCUGCCUCCCUCAGCACCCCUUCAGUUCCUCUCACAUGAUCCCCUCCACCAGGAGCUCUUCGGAGUACCUUAUCCACACUUCAUGCCUAGAAGAAUCACAGGUCGCAGAUAUCGAUCCCAGCAGACAUUGCCUCCUCCGCCCUAUCACCCCAGCUUCCUGCCGUACUUCCUCUCAAUGCUUCCAGUGCAGCCCACUAUGGGACCAGCCUUUAGUUUAGAACUUGAUGUGGAUGAUGGCGAGGUAGAAAACUAUGAGGCCCUGCUAAACCUGGCAGAGCGACUAGGAGAAGCCAAACCCAGGGGUCUGAUGAAGGCAGACAUCGAACAGCUUCCAUCCUACAGGUUUAACCCCAACAACCACCAGUCUGAACAGACCUUGUGUGUAGUUUGUAUGUGUGAUUUUGAAUCCAGACAGCUACUUCGAGUCUUACCCUGUAACCAUGAGUUCCAUGCCAAGUGUGUUGACAAAUGGCUAAAGGCAAACCGUACCUGUCCAAUCUGCAGAGCGGAUGCUUCAGAAGUGCAUCGUGAUUCGGAAUGACCAAUAAAAUAACACAAUUCUUGUCUGGGUGUUCUUAUUCACAUGUAUACACAGACUCUCAUUGAACUUAUUCCUCAUGUCCCUCUCAUUUAUCUUUUUAUUUUGGCUUCCAGCCUUCCUUUUUACACAAAAAAAUGUGACCUUUCUUUGCACUGUGUGAUUUAAUCAAAAUAGUGUAGUCUUCAAUUAUGAAUUAUGGGAUUGUUUAUACUAACUGGGUGAUUGGAACUCCAAAGAUGAUUAUUAUUAUUAUUAUUAUUAUUAUUAUUAUUAUUAUUAUUAUUAUUAUUAUUAUUAUUAACUUCAUUUUUAUGUGUGUGCACUAACAUUCCCCGCUUUGUGUGUGCACUAACAUUCCCCGGUGUUAUGUGUGUGCACUAACAUUCCCCGGUGUUAUGUGUGUGCACUAACAUUCCCCGGUGUUAUGUGUGUGCACUAACAUUCCCCGGUUUGUGUGUGCACUAACAUUCCCCGGUGUUAUGUGUGUGCACUAACAUUCCCCGGUGUUAUGUGUGUGCACUAACAUUCCCCGGUGUUAUGUGUGUGCACUAACAUUCCCCAGUGUUAUGUGUGUGCACUAACAUUCCCCAGUGUUAUGUGUGUGCACUAACAUUCCCCGGUGUUAUGUGUGUGCACUAACAUUCCCCGGUGUUAUGUGUGUGCACUAACAUUCCCCGGUGUUAUGUGUGUGCACUAACAUUCCCCGGUGUUAUGUGUGUGCACUAACAUUCCCCGGUGUUAUGUGUGUGCACUAACAUUCCCCGGUGUUAUGUGUGUGCACUAACAUUCCCCGGUGUUAUGUGUGUGCACUAACAUUCCCCGGUUUGUGUGUGCAUUCUGAGUUUCGAGUGUUGCUCUAAAGAUUACAGUGGACAUGAUCUUUAAGCAUGUGCUUUUAUAUAUGAACAUGGAUAUUAAAGAAAAAAAAGAAACGCGGUAGGUGAAAACAAUAUAGCAAUCUACUUUAUAUAGAGCCUUUUAGAUACUGUGAGCUGGAGCGACCGCAGUGUGGAUGAGCAUGUGUUUGUAGCCACAUGUACUUGUGUGAAUAUGUGCGUAAGCGGGUUUGCGCUUUCAAGAAUGAAUGUAAUUGGUAACCCUUAUAUGCCAGCAUGUAAUGAGACAGGUGUGGGUUUGUGUACACGUGUGUGAUAGUAAUUAUGCUGCCAUAUAUACUCUUGUGUGUUAUUUAUACAGUACUAGUACUGUCCGCUGGUUUCUUCCUUUUUCAUGCUAGCUGCGCACUGAAUCCUCAGGGUGCAGCAAUUCUCCAAUCGUAUGUAGUUUAGCUUUUCUGGACUCUUUUGAGAGCACGUCAUUGUUACACGAACCAUGCACUUGCCCUUUUGCCUUUUUUUUUUUUUUUUACAUAAACAUGCUGGUGUGUGGAAAUGGUCUUUUUCUCAUGGCAAGAUUUUUAAAAGGAUUGCUUUUGGUUUUCCUCUACACUGCUAGAUUAAAGUCUUAAAUAUUUCUACACAAAACUUUUUCAGAUUCUCCCCCAAAAAUGUUUGCUAUAAGGGAUUGAGAUACCCACUAACCAGUGAUUUAAAAACUGAAGAAAUAGAAAAAAAAACAUGUUUCUCAAUCUUUUGUCUGAAAGCCAGCUUUAUUUGCAAUAUAACUAAGAAGUUUCAGAUGUAUAUUUUGUUUUGUGUAUUCAGAUUUCAGGAAUCACCUCUAUACUGCCAGAAACAUUGAGCUAAUAACAUAUUAAUAUAGUCCUUCUAAUUGGAAAUAACUUUCCAUUAUACAGUUCAUUGUUAGUGGUGCAAAAAAACAACACAUUUUGCCCCUAAAACACUAACAAAACCAUUCGGCCACACAUCAGAACAAAGGAGAACCAACAGUGACUUAUUUAUUAAACUAGAUUACUUUUUUUCCUGCUGGUUAUGUUAUAUGAAUAGAAUGCAUAAUUUAGGGUGAUCUGCACAAAGCACUCCUAAAACACAGAUGUAACAAUACACUACACUAUAGGGUAUUUUUUGGAAUAGCUGAAGAGUUGUGGAUUCUAAUACCAUUAUUGUAAAAUAAAUAAAACUCAUUCGUAGACCUUUUUCCAUGGUAUUUUUAUUAUAUUUUGUGAUAUUAAUAAAUUACCCCAUUGGGGGGUGGGGAACACCAGUGGAAUCAAAAUAGAGUUAAAUGGUACUGGUAUUUAAAUCCACCUCUUUCUUUAAUUAAAAAGUAGAUCUCUAUCUACUGUUCAUUAAUUUAUCACUUUAAAAAUAUACUUCAACAUCUGGGUCUCUCGUUCCUUGUGCUGUGCUGUAGUGGCACCUUGCCAGUGUCUAAAUGCUGCUUUGCUACCCACCACUACACCCCAGACUUCUAUAACAGCAUUGUAUCAUCUUCAUUGUUGCUGCUUAGCACAUUUUGGUUGUCAGUUGCACCUUUUUUUAUUUCAUUUUUAACAGCACAAAUAUAAAUGUCCAUGUUUACCAGACCAUCAAAUACUAUUGCCUCUUACAAGGUCAAUUGUAGGAGAUUGAGGGUGGUAGGGGCAGGGUUUAUGAUUAGGCUUACACCUUUCCAGUGUUGAUUUUUUAGGGACUCGCAAAGUACUGUAAUAAGUCACUAACCUUUGAGAGUCCGUAUACGACGGGUUCUCCACUUUCAGUUUGUCGUUUCUAACAAGCUGAGCUUGUUCCGCUGCUGGUCAGAUGCAAAGAAUAAAUGGAAAAUGAUCGCAUUAAGCAGCAAAACCCUUGCAACCUUUCACACAGUUAACAGGUUUCUUCAUAUAUCAACAAAGAACCAGGGUUGGCUCAAAAAUAAAUAAGUUAAAAGGUGAUUUGAUUUAUUAUGGUAUUUUGUGACCCCCUGAAAAAUGAGUGUUGAAAAGGAGCAAGCCUAUUCAUGAAUGUCAUGCUUGUAUGAUUUUUUAAGCCUUAAUGAGCAGCCCCAAUAGUAUUUUACACAAUAUGUAAUACAUAGUGUGUUUGCAAACAGUUGCCUUAUUGCGAUGUGUAUGGAGACCAACCAGUGGCUUAAAUAGUGUGAACAAAAGUCAUGCCAGAAUGUUUUAGCAUGUGUAUUUAAAACAGUCAUAUUCAUAAUCAAAUAGUAAUUCACAUCCUAAUAGUCCUUUAUUUGCCUAUAAUACUACAGUUCAAAACUGAAAUCUCUGUUGUCCGCUGUUGCAAAUCUAAGUGAUUGUUAGUGUGACAGAUAUGUGAAUGCAGUUCAUGUCCUGUUGCUGCCAUAAUUACCUAGGUUUGGGUGUGACGGAUAGAAGAGUUGCGUACAGUACGAAUGUAGACUAAUGGAUUCUUAUAUCUGCUGGAUACAAGUGUGUGCAGGAGGAUGACAGUAUUUAUUUUUUUACUGGCUAAUUUGACUAUUGGUUUUAUCAAUAUGUGGUUCCAAAAAAGAUGUAUGCAGAAGACCAGACAAUUCCAUCAAUUUAUUUGUUUUGGGAUUUUUUCCCCCCUAAUAAUUCAGCUCCUAGUUUGCUGCAUUGUUAAAAUUGUUUAAUUUCUUUUUUUCUUUUUUUCUGGCAUGUUGUAGAGAAACAUAUUUUUAUUAUAUACCCUGCCUGCCCGCCCCCCAAAACAAAAUGUAAAAUAUCUGUUCAGCUCUGGAUUUUUCUUUUGUUCAGCUGUUUUUUGUGGGCAGUAUAAAUGACAUGAAUGUACUCUUGAGAUGGUUAUUACCUCUGCCCAUUUCCUCAGCUAAUAGGCUGAGAUUUUUGGGAAUACAUUCUAGCCAACCAUCAGAUUAGCAAGUGGCAACAGCUGUACUGUACAUAGUAUCUGAGAACUGUAGUGCAAGGGUAUGCGGAUCCUUUGAGGGGGUGGGGCGCAGGAGCUUUAGGCUUUAAACAAUAAUGGACACGCAGAAGAUUGUAAACUAAGAUUUAAACUAUUUUUUUAAGUGGGGUGGGGGACUACCAUUAUUAAAAACUAUUACUACAGAACAGAACCUAUUACUGAAAUUCACACCUAUUACAAAUGUGUGCAGUCAGCUUGGUGCUCCAGUACAGUAUUAGAAUAAAUUAAGAAAGAAAUCAUGGAAAAUAAAACUAUUAAAAUAGGACUAUAAAAAAGUGGACCUUUGCAAUAAGUUUAAGUACAGUAAUUUGGGGUUAGGUUGUGGUACACUUUUUGUAUGAAACUGACAUAAAUUCAAAUUAGGGUGACCCAUUGUUCUGGGGAGUUGUUCACACCAAAUUUAAUUGUCACACUCUCUUAAGGAUAACCACUUCAGGAACUGUUUACUGCAUGGAUUGUGAUAAGUAGGCUUUCUUCCUAAGCUAGGCAUUUACAAAACUAAAGCACACACGCACACAGUGACAUAUGCAUGUGUCUCAAACAACCCAGCUUGCAGCCAGCAGUGGGAGGAAAGGUUUAUGAUUAACUGCCAUGUGUUGUAAUGAAGGUAAAUGUAAUUAGAAGCCUCCACAGCAUGUAUGGUACACAAAGCAUCAGGACUCAGUAGGAUUUUGCUUUGCUUUUGUUGCCCAGGCCAUGUCUGAGCAUACUGUACCAUCCAUUUGUGUUUUUGCAUGAUUUUGCCCCCCUUUUUAACUUUAACUUUAGAAAGACCUAACUGGGCCUAAAGAUAGUCCACAUUUUAAUCCCCAAAAUAUUUGCCACAUAUUCUUUUAUACAUCAGUUUUGUUAACAAAUGUUUCUUAAAACUUGAUUAAAAUGUAACUAUUUCAGAGAGUAACCAGCUUCUUAACUGUUUCUUUACAAUUAUCCACAUUUUACUGUACUGUUGUUUUCCUUUUUUAACUUCAAUCCUUUGUUAUUCAACAGCACAUUUAUGAGUGGGUUUAUCUUUAGGCCUGUGCACAAGUUAGCUGUUUGUUUUCUCCUCUUUGGUACAUUUCACAGUUACCUCAUUUUGCUAUUUAUGUAUUUCAGAAUUUGCUAAAUUAAUAUGAAAGCUUCUGUAUUUUUUUAUUUGUCUGAUUCAUCAAGUGUUUUCAUUAAUUUCUUACACACUAUUGUAUCAUUAACAUGACAUGUAGUUUCAAAUGUAUUAUAUAUGUAACCAAAUCAUUUUAAGGCUCGAUACAUUUUUAACAAACUUUGUACAUUUUUUAUGAGAGUUAUUAGUAAUGCUUUACUACGUAGUGCAAUGAAUUUUUAUUUUUAAUCCUUGUCCCCGAUUUUGGAUUUGAGGAGGUUGUUCAUUAAUAAAUGUAUGAUGUACACUUA